AUGGAAGUUUCAAUAACCGGAUUUAGUAAUACCAAACCAGUAUAUUUUGUUAUUCAUGUGGCUUUGGCUGGCCAUAAUUCAUAUGUUUUGCGAAAACGUUAUUCUGAGUUUGCCACAUUUUCAUCCGAAAUCGAAGCAGAGAUGGGAGAACCUACACCUUUAUCCCUUCCAGAAAAAAAAUGGAUAGGAAAUACAAAUGAAGAAUUUUUGAAAGAGCGUAGGAGAAGAUUAGAAUUGUUUUUGCGACAAAUUAUUAAACAAGAAGAGUGGCGUGAGGCUCUUGCUCUUCAAAAGUUCCUUGAAACGGCAUCCCAUAUGAGAAGUGAUUCUCGAAUGAAAAACAAUCUUCAAUCAGCUACUGAAUGGGCAAAAGCAGUAGCAGAGGUUCGAAAUAUGAUCCAACUGAUACGUGAAUCAUCUGGAGGAGCCUCGAGUAUACCAGGCGCAAUAUCUCAAGGAAACGGAACUGCAGAGGAAAGAAAGUUAUAUCUUAAAGCAAAAUCCAAAUUACAGGAGCUGGAAAAUUCGUUAAUUGGAAACAACAAUCUUGGUGAAGGGGAGUAUAUGCGCCGCCGAAAUAUCUACCAGGAUCUAGCUCGUUCUCUUUCUCAAAAUGAACAUGCUCGCCGUAAUUCAAUUAUAUCCAGUAUGACUUUUGACGAACUGCAAAAAAGCAAUGCCUCAUCUAACUCCAGUUUUAUUCAGAGUUCCACCGCACAUUCUCUUUUUGGUAAUUUGCCUAAUAAGAACAGUGGAAAUCACCGUAUUUUGGGAGGUAGCGAGACAGAUAAAACUCGACAACUAAACAACUCUGGGUUACUUCAAAUGCAUGAACAAGAAAUGAAAUCUCAAGAUGAUGUUAUUCAGAACCUGCGUACAACUAUACGUACACAGCGAGAGCUUGGACAACAAAUUUAUGAAGAGCUUGAGCAUCAAAAUAAAAUGCUUGAUGAUCUCGACCAAAACACACAUACAACCAACGCCAAACUUAACCAGGCUCGAAGACGUGUGAAAAAAUUUACAUGA